ACAAUAAAAAAAUACUUCGUUACAAAUGUCUUCAAUAGGAGGACAUACAGGAUAUGGAGGUGUUGGCGAUCAUGCGAAGAGUUCUGGCAGCUACCAAAAUCUCUUGCCCUUCUUCUCUUGGUGGGCUAAUGGGCAGAAACGUUGACCAUUUCAGAGGACUUUGUUUUAGAGAAUACUUGAAAUCAGUGGAACUAUGUCAACAACGGGGACUUAAUGUGAGCCAAGCCACUCUAAAGAAAGCCUUGGUGCACCCUGGUGACAUGAUGUGUAGCAGCUCCAAACUGGAAGGCAAAGGUCACUUCCCAGGACAUAAUGGACGAGAACAGAGCCUGGCUUCCCUCAGUACACCCAAAGCAUUUAGUUUGGAUCUUAAGGAUGGUGUACCACAUAAGGGCUAUAAGAAGCUAAAUAAGAAGUCAGUUCGCUGGGCAGACCCUAAUGCUUUCUGGCCUGGAAGGGAAGAUCAUGUGCGCUUGUUCCUGCCUGUGAUGACUCGGUCCCCUGCAAUGGUUUUGUUUCAGCGCAUAGAACAUUCUGCUGCACCAAGUCCUGGAAACUGGCCUAUAAAUCAUUUAGGAUACUCUACUUCUGGAGAUAUAGAAGCAUGCAAGAUAUACACCCUCUAGAACCUUUUGUUGUUUAUUCACUUGAACAUUCUAGAAAGACCUUUGUCACAGUGUUAAAGGGAUACU